GGAAGCAGUGGUACACGUACUGUUCAAUACAUGGUAGGCCCUGAUUUGACCUCUCACCAGGCCGAUGUUUUAAUAGAGAACGUAUACUUAUUCCAGGAGAGCGGAAAAACUGAAGAAGAAAUAGGCGAAACGUUGAAGAGAGACGCUUCUGUUAAGGCUGGGACGUUACACAAGAAGAUAGCUGAUCUAGCUGAAUUGCGUGACAAUGAAGAAAUUACCCAUCGAGGACAUAGGUUCACACCGCUAAGUGUUGCAAUUUCUCCUUGUGGGAAGUACGUCGUCAGUUCUGGAAAAGAGUCAAGUAUAGUAAAAUACGAUAUAGCUGCUCGAAAAAUUAGUGGAGUAAUUAAACGGACAAAAACUGAUGGUGCAGCUCAGCAUGCUCAUCAUGGCCAUAUAUUUUCGGUUACCAUCUCGUCGGACGGCAAAUAUAUAGUUUCUGGUGGAUUUGAUGCCGUUCUCAAGGUUUGGGACUUUCUUACAAUGGAUCAUGUCUGCGAUUUUAAAGGACAUCGCGGUCCGAUUACUGCACUUUGCUUCCAACUGAAAACCAAUUUUUUAUUCUCUGCUAGCCGUGAUCGAUCUGUAAAGCUAUGGGAUUUGGACCAAAAAGGACUCGUAGAUACAAUGUAUGGUCACCAGGACGCUGUUACAGCUGUAAGUGCUCUUCAGAAGCAAAGAGUUGUAACAGCUGGCCGGCAGGACAAAAGUUGCCGACUUUGGAAGGUGGAAGACGAGAGCCAGUUGUUGUUCAAUGGCCACUCCACAUGUAUAAGUAUGGACUGCGUCUCAAUGUUGAAUGAGGAGCACUUUGUAUCUGGGUCUACCGAUGGGUCACUAUGUGUGUGGUCAAUAUGGAAAAAAAAGCCGUUGGUUGUUCGACCACUGAUACAUGGAUUGAGAGCUCCAGGGGUUCCGCGAUGGGUGAUUUGUAUCUCAGCUGUACCGUUUUCUGAUUUGGUGGCAACUGGUUCAGAUGACGGCGAAUUAAAACUGUGGAAAAUCGGCGCGGAUUUUAAAACCAUUUCGCAGGUUUUCGCUUACGAGAUGAAGGGCUUUAUAAACGAUGUUCGCUUUUCUAUCAGUGGCUCGUUGUUAGCAGUAGCCGUUGGACAAGAACAUCGAGAAGGCAGGUGGUGGGUGAGUGUCUAUGAUACUUUUUUAUAUAUUUGA